AUGAGUUCCAACAAAAAGCAGUCUCAAAGCGCUACCUCAGAGCCUUUGGACAUCACCGUUUUGGGCUUGAACUCAGGCACAUCGAUGGACGGAAUCGAUUGUGCAUUAUGCCGCUUUCGACAAGAAUCACCGACUGCACCAAUGCACUUGGAACUUCUGAAGUACGACGAAAUUCCUCUUGAUCAGACCAUCAAGAAAAGGGUUAUGCGCAUGAUCCUACAUAACAGCACUACACCCGAGGAGCUAUCAGAAGUCAAUGUACUUCUCGGCGAGACAUUCGCAGACGCCGUUAUGACCUUCUCAGAGAAACACAACAUCCCCCUAUCAUCCGUCGAUGCUAUUGGGUCUCAUGGCCAGACUAUCUGGCUGCUCAGCGUUCCUGAAAAGGGACAAACGAGGUCCGCUUUGACUAUGGCCGAGGGCUGCUUUAUUGCCUCAAGGACUGGUAUCACAACCGUCACCGACUUCCGAGUUUCUGACCAGGCUGCUGGACGUCAAGGAGCACCUCUCAUCGGUUUCUUCGACUCGCUACUCCUUCACAAUCCGACCAAGUUCCGGGCCUGUCAAAACAUUGGCGGUAUCGCAAAUGUCUGCUUUAUCCCCCCUGAUGUGGACGGAGCACUCAAUACGGAGUUCUUUGACUUUGACACUGGCCCCGGUAAUGUUUUUAUCGAUGCGGCAGUGCGGUUCUUCACCGACAACAAGCAAGAGUACGAUAAGGAUGGUGAGAUGGGUCGAGCUGGAAUGGUGAAUCAAGAGAUGGUGGAUGAGUUUCUCCAGACUCAUCCUUACUUUGCUCUAGAUCCACCCAAGACCACUGGAAGAGAGGUCUUCAGAGACACGAUCGCACAUGAAUUGAUUGAGCGUGGACUGAAAAUGGGAAUGACACAAAACGACAUUGUUGCCACUUUGACGCGAAUCACAGCGCAGGCCAUAGUGGAACAUUACAAACGGUAUAUGCCGACUCAGUACGGCCCUCUAUCAGAGAUUUACAUGUGCGGAGGUGGAGCCCGAAACCCAAACAUCACGGAGUAUCUGCAAAAGGCCUUUCCUGACACCAGAAUUACUAUGCUUGAUGAAGCUGGCAUCCCUUCGGAUGCCAAGGAAGCCAUCACGUUUGCCUGGCAAGGAAUGGAGGCUGUCGUCGGGAGGAGUAUCCCUGUUCCUGCGCAAGUUGAGGACAGAAGGGAGUAUGUGCUUGGUAAAGUGAGCCCAGGCAAAAACUAUCGCCAGCUGCUGAAGAAGGGCAUGAAAUUUGGGGGCGACUCAGAUUAUUUACCUCCUGUGAAGGAGCUCGUGAACUAUGUCAAUGGUCAGGUAUAUAGUGCCAUAUAG